CUAUAUGUGUACGCGGCUUCUCCUACUUAUCGACCAUGUAGCAGCGCGACGCGGUCCAAAACUACCUCCUCAGGAUUGAUAAACCAAAAAGACAAUGAAGAGCGAAUUCUCUGCAGUUGCUGCGUGUUUGACGCUUGCAUCCAUAGUCUAUGGGCAAUGCCGUUCCGGCACGCCUGAUGCCACCGUGAACGGCGCCCAAGGUGCCUACAUCGCAACCAAAGGGUCUGAGCAGGUAUAUGCGGGAUCAGACUACUACCAGGCAAUUCAAUCGGCGCUGGACUCAAUUCAAAGUGGGCAGCGUGUCGCCGUCAUCGCAUCUGGGUCCAUCGGGGAAAGCAGCAUCAGCAUCGACAGCGGCAAGAUCUUCGAGGGGUGCGGCACCAUCGAUGUAGGGUACCGGGCCGCACACGGGGCUAUCGAGUCACUCGGUACCACGGACGUACAGAUUCCCUACCUGAGCAUGACUGGCAACCCAUAUUUCGGGCUAUGGUUUUAUGGCGUGACGAACCUUGCCCUUGGGGAGAUCAAUAUGGCUCUCAGCAACGGGUUGGGCAUCCGCUUCGAGCGCGACGAGGCCGCCAACAGGAAUGUCAGCAUGGGCACCGUCACCAUAACGGGCGCUGGUAGCCACGCUGUCGAAACCUGGAACAUAGAUGGGUUAACCAUUGACAGUGUCAUUGCCCGUGAUGUGGGCGAGUGCGGUUUGCUUCUCCAGACCACAACAAAUGCCCAGGUGGGACUUGUCGACGGCAAUAACGUCGCCGCGGGCACUGGAUAUGCCACCUUCCGCAUGGCGAACAACAACGGACAGCUAGCCGACGGCAGCUACACACCCAACGUGUACGUCGACAAGGUGGUUUCGCGUGGUGGCGGUCGUGGCGUCUUUUGCGUCUCUGAGUCUGGCGGUGCCGUCAUCUCUGAAGUCGACCUUGCCAAUAACGAGAACAAUGCGAUCCUGAUUGAAAACGGCUAUGGCGUCGAGAUCAGCAGCGGGACUGUCGAGGGCGGCGGUGAGGUCCGUAUAUCGGCGCGUAAUGAGUUUGAGAACACGAGAGAUGUAUCUAUCACCCUUACCGUGAACAGCAAUACGGUUCGUGAGUCGCCGUGUGGCGAGAAUAUUAGCUGGACGAUAUCGGGUGACGCUGCUCAACAAAUAUGUUAAUGUGGUGCGUGGACAGACAUAACACCACAUAACGAGAGAUCAUAGUCAGACUAAACAUGCAGAGCCCAUUACCAGAACUACCACCCCAGCUUUAGAUGAUCGAAUUCUCACUGCGAUCAAGUCAUUACGUCUAUGAGGGGAUGAAGAUAGUAUAUAGUGAUUACAUUCC